AUGGCUCGCCCAAUGAUAGCUCAGCUGACCAGGGCACUCUUUAAUACCAUUGACAGCAGCUUCGACGAACCUUCCACUCCGGCGAUCCACCUCACCACAGCCGACAACCCUGCACUGGACAAUGGGGACGUCUCAAGCGAUGACGAACCUAACGAUAUACCAAACAUAAUCUUACCCACAACGCCUCGUCCUCGAAGCUCGCCGCAUGCCGAACUCGUAACAAGCGGACACCCACGUCAAAGAAUGCAGCUCGAUGGGGAAGAGGCACUAGUUGAGCUACAUCCCCUGAUGGACGACGUCGAAAACGAUCUGUUCAUUCCUCUGAACCUAGAACACCUGAACUCUGCCCUCGCUGUGCCACCACGGGGGAUCUCUGGACCAGCGGCACCCAGCCCCUUUCCUCUGAAUCCUUCGCAACGACCAGGAAUACAAAGAAAGAUCUCACAGCCCUUUGCCGAACACGAUGUGGGCGGCGAGCCGCCACGCCAGACCGAACCGACGGAUAAAUCUCCGAUUGAGUCAAACGACCUACCUUCGCAGACAGCUCGGGCUCGCCUCCUGGAAGAAGAUCGUGAAGGAGAGGUAUCACACACCAAUGGAGCGUUGAUGGUUGAAGAAAUUCGGCGGGAGACCGCAUGCGCUACGGUCGAACACGCACGUGUAACAGCCACGGAAGAAGAGGAUUCCAAGCAGUGGCCCGGGAAAGCACAUGAUAUGACGCCUUCUGCACCGGUGCAAACAAUGGCUGGAGGAAGAGAUAUGGAAAAUGGUUCCGUGCCAAGGGAAUCCGAACCAAGAGAAGCAACAAUGGACCUGACAGAGCAAGCUGUCCUGAGCCAGCCUCUACAGCAGGCCCCCAAGAAUCCAGGCCCCUCUGGUGACGAUGAUAUUGAUGAGCCGAGUGCAGAUUCAGCUGGAGAGGCAACAGAAAAUCUACAGAGACUUGCGACACGACCGCUUCCAGAGUGGAUUCACGGCAUGGAGACUUGGAACAACAGGCUCAUUGAUGACCCUCUGUCGGUCGCGAUGCGUUACGAGAGCGAGACUUGCAGUCGCUUGGGAAGACAGAUGCUAUGUCUGGCCAAAGUCUGCAAGGCGAUACCGCGUAGACCCGGUACGCGCAAACAGUUCAAUUACUUCGGCGACACCGACAGCAAUGACAAAAGCCUGGUGCCCAAAUACAUCGAGGGCGUCGACAAUCAUGUCGAAGAAGUCACGAUGAAAAUGCUCGGAACAGACAGUAGCACGCCAGCCAAGUCGCGACGUCAGGUAGCCAUGGACAUACGCCGGAAUAUCAUUCCUCUCGCAAUCUACACAGUAGAGCUCGUGUUCCUCGCGGGAGCGUCGGCAGUUGGAGUGGGGCGGUUGAACGCAAUACCGGAACAUGCCGAGCACACCAGUCAGACAUUGCAAUUAUUGCGGCGUGUGCUUGUCUGGGUUGGGAGACUCGAGAGGGCCGCGGCCGAGGAGUUUGCCAAUGCUUCGAAUAGACAACAGGACAUGGGACCGGAUGCGUCGCCUCUUAUGCUUGAUCGACAUGGUCUCGAUAUCAUGAUUCAGAAGCUUCAAAAGGCAGUCGGAGACAGUUAUACGGCUCUGAACAAGCAGAUCGACAAGGUCAACCGGCCGAUUACAAGGCAGGAGAGUCACUUGGACGAGUUCGCCGAAGCGAACCUUCAGAACACUCAGCGGGGAGAGUCAAGGCAAGCCAAGCGAAAGCGCAAGGAUGAUGAGAAGCAAGCGGCGAGGGAAGAGGCGAAGCGGCGAUGCAUAGAAUCAGUGAUAAGAUGCCGCAAAAGAGUGCCGACCGCCCCGGGCACUUCGGGCAGAACAUACCGGAUGAGGUGUUCAAACGAGUCUUUGCGGGCGCUCAAGUACUCACAGAAGCCUGACGUUGAAAACAUUGCGGAAUCCAUGAAGUACCACGUUGAAGACGUGUGGGACGUCAUCGCCCUGCUGAAGAGAGCGGCGGAAGCUCAGCAGCGGGCGGGCGGCAGUAGGAUGCCUGAGGGGCUGCGGCGUUCGUUUGAGCAUUUGUACCGGCGAUGA